CGAGCCCUUCCUUGACUAUUUCGCUUCAUCCCUCUCUAUCCCCACCUCCGUCCACUCUCGUUCUCCUUCCCUUCCCUACUGCCCCAUCCCCUCUCCUCCCCCCUCCCCUUCCCCCCACUGCCAGGAGUUCAUUGAGGGAUUCUUGUUUGCGGGGUCGCACGAGCUGGGCACCAAGGGCUUCCUGGACUAUUUCCCCGACUACCGCCAGGAGGAUGGCAGCAUCGCCAAGAAGCGAUCCAUGAAGGGCAAGGCGUACAGUAGUCGACCCUGGGAUGCACAUGGCCGGCUAAUUUUGUGA